AUGAUUUCUUUGAAAGUUCGUCGGCAACGAGACAAUACUAGUUUGUCUGAUAACAUGAAGUCAACGUCAUCAACAUCGGACAUUCUACGUCCUUUCAGUUCGGGAUCAGAAACAUCAAUGUCUUCUAUCUCCGACGCCAAAGAAGAGAAUCUUGGCUUUUUUAUGAACCAAGAUUACUCUCCACAGCAUGAAGAUGGCACUUGGUCAGAAUCCAAUCUACCAGCUAACCUAUUUAAUACACCCUCACCUCCUUCUAAUACCCUCGAGAUAUCUUCACCACCACCACGAAGAAGUACUCGAGCAACCAAAAAUGUACAACCAAAGCUGGACCAGUUCUUCGCAAGAAGUGAAAAGCCAAUGGUCCCCAUCAAGCGCAAGGCUGUGAUGAACAAUGUUGAGAACCUUCUCACAGAAGCCGCUGAAGAGUCAUUGGAGCCUCCUCGCAAAAAGGUAAUGACUACACCCCCUCGUCAGCCUUCCCGAGCAACCCCUCCAAAAUCACGAAAAGCUGCAGCCAAAGUUAAGGAGUUACCUUCUUUGGAAAACGCAACUUUGAGCAAGCCGGAAGCUUGGGGUAAGCCACCAGUAUGGGCUGAGAAGAGACAGCAACUUUGUUCCUCACUUCCUUACCACAAAGGAUAUGAAUCUGCUGCCUAUCGUACUAACGGCAUGAUUGCUGGUUUCCUGGCGAACCAAGGAGUUGGCCCCCGCGAUGUCUUCACAGAAGAUAUCUACAUCACAUCAGUUGGUGGUGGUAAGUCAAAGGGCGAAGAUGGUGAAACGAAGCGCGUCAAAGACCAGGAUUUCAGCUCGAUUGCCAUCUCCUUCCAACGCACCAUGGAAGCCAAGCUGCCAAUUGCAAUGAUUGCUGGCCAGCGCAAUACUAUCUGCCCUGUCAAGCUCAAUCACCACUUUAACGUCCUUGACUUCUUUCACAUCACAGAUGUCUGGUGUGAACUUGAGAGCGGCCUCAAGAUGUGGAAGGUCCGAAUGGAGAAGAUUGAUCUCGCAAAGCGGUCCUGGUGGUCUCCAAUUGACUCUACUGCCCAUCUUUCUCAAGGAUAUGAUGGCGUGAAGACGGUUAUCCAAACUUGUGGUGCCUGUGAUACUUCAUGCAAGACCAUCUACACACAAGGCUGGACUUGUCGAAGCCCUCAGUGUGAAUCUUUCUACGUUUUUGAUCAUCAAGUUGAUGUCGAUGAUAUCCAAUACUGUGCGGAAUUUCUUCAAGAACGUACCCCUUACACUGGUGCUGCACCUCCCCCAUUACGUCCCGAGCCUAUCACUGAUGCAGACUUGGUUGGUGAAGAUAUCUUUGGUGUUGAAGAACGAUGCAAGCAAGGCAUUGUCUGCCCGAAGUGCCAUGGAUGCAUCCGUCGUUUGGAAUGGCGACAAUGGACUUGUGAAACCCCGGGUUGUGAUUUCACUCACACUGUGACACAGGUUCCAGUUCCCAUCACUAAAGUCAUCGAAGGUAACAACGUCAUUGUUGAUCAGAGCCCAAUAGUGUUUGCUCAUGAAUCCGUUCGUGUCAACCACAAGCCCAUUGGUCAUUAUGAUGUGUAUGAGCUCCAACUUCCUGGCGAGACAACAGAAGCUGGAUGGAUCCAAGUUUUCCGCUCCAAUGGUCUUAUCAAUAGCCAACCAGGCGGACCAAACGACUUGUUCCAGGGAAUGCAAAAGGAUGAUUACAAGCUCCGCAGAGGUCCCGCUAGACAUCCUGGCCUUCCAAUGGAGAUUGUUACUGCGCACUUCGCAUCAAACUUUGGGGCACCAUACAAGUUCUUGGUUGCACAUGAAGCAAAUUCUUUUGAAGAUGCUCCAGUACCUAUCCUCCAGGCAAUGCAAAGAAUGACUUGGGCUGGACAACAAGCAUUUUCUGGAAAGGAGGACGCCGAGUUCACCUCUUUCAAUGAAGUUUUGGCCCUCGGUUACUUCGAGAACAUGCAUAUCGGCUAUCACGAUGAUGGAGAAGAUACUCUUGGUGAAACCGUAGCAACCUUGUCUCUUGGAGCUUCCUCGACCAUGUGCUUCCGUCCAAAAAACAAGAGCACAAUUGGUGGUGUUCUCAAGCCUGGUAAAGGCAAUCUUGGUUCCAAAGCAGCCAAGAAAGACUACGUCAAGGUCACUCUGAACCAUGGCGACAUCAUUGUUAUGCACGGAUCCGGUAUUCAUAAAUACUAUGAACAUGCCGUUACACCUCAUGGACUUCUACGAUUUGCCCUCACUUGUCGUCAUGUCAAGCCUGAGUUACUCAGUCCAGAGGAUCGCAUCAUUUGUGCGGAAAAGAGUGCUCUUCCUGCCAACUUUGCCGACUACGCUUAUAACGGUGAUAUUGGCGUAAGUGAAGAUCCAAGUCGACCAACCAACGAGGGAGACGAUGAUGAUCUCACCAAGUUGAAGAAGUACAUCGUCGCCAAGAAGUUAUCCGGUGAACUCACCAAGGCCGACUGUCUGGAGUUGCGAGAUAUCAUUCUCGAACUUUAA